CUCCGCCCGCCUCCAUGCUUCCUUCGGUCCCGCCCCUCAGCUCCCUGGGCAAGGUCGUGUCCCGGAAGUGAAGGGGCCAUGUUGGCAGGUGACCCUGGGAGAGGUACCCGGUGAGAGGCGAAUCCUGAGGAGUGGUGGCGCGCGCGGUCCGCGGCUCGACGCCCAGCCCCUACCAGUCCCCCAUGGCCCCAUGGAGCCGAGAGGCGGUGCUGAGUCUCUACCGGACUCUGUUGCGCCGGGGCCGAGAGCUUCGCUACACUGAUCGAGACUUCUAUCUUGCCUCUAUCCGCCGUGAGUUCCGGAAAAAUCAGAAGCUAGAGGAUCCUGAGGCCCGGGAGAGGCAGCUGGAGAAGGGCCUGUUCUUCCUCCACAGUAAACUGGGAGGGAUUGUUUAGGAUCAUCUUCUUUCCCAUCCUACCCCAGUUCCAAGGAAAAGAGGACAAAGGUGCCUUCUGUAGACACUCCAGCUCUCUGCCACCCCCACCUCACAGAUGCAUUAACAAGCCUCAGGUGAGCAAUGGCAGGCGCUGGUGAGCGCAAAGGCAAGAAGGAUGACAAUGGCAUCGGCACGGCCAUCGAUUUUGUGCUCUCCAAUGCCCGGCUGGUGCUGGGGGUGGGUGGAGCGGCCAUGCUGGGCAUUGCCACGCUGGCGGUUAAGCGGAUGUAUGACCGGGCAAUCAGUGCCCCCACCAGCCCUACCCGCCUGAGUCAUGCCAGGAAAAGGAGCUGGGAAGAGCCAAACUGGAUGGGCUCCCCCCGACUGCUGAACAAGGACAUGAAGACAGGCCUGAGCCGGUCCCUGCAGACCCUCCCUACGGACUCCUCGACCUUUGACACAGAUACAUUCUGCCCACCCCGGCCCAAACCAUUGACCAGGAAGGGCCAGGUAGACUUGAAGAAGUCACGGCUCCGCAUGUCCCUGCAGGAGAAACUUCUUACUUACUACCGGAACCGGGCAGCCAUCCCUGCCGGCGAGCAGGCUCGGGCCAAACAAGCUGCUGUGGACAUAUGUGCCGAACUCCGGGGCUUCCUGCGGGCCAAGUUGCCUGACAUGCCACUUCGGGACAUGUACCUGAGUGGCAGCCUCUACGAUGACCUGCAGGUGGUGACAGCCGACCACAUCCAACUCAUUGUGCCCCUUGUGCUGGAGCAGAACCUGUGGUCAUGUAUCCCUGGUGAGGACACCAUCAUGAACGUCCCUGGCUUCUUCCUGGUUCGUCGUGAGAACCCAGAAUACUUUCCUCGUGGAAGCAGUUACUGGGACCGUUGUGUAGUAGGAGGCUACCUCUCCCCAAAGACAGUGGCAGACACGUUUGAGAAGGUAGUGGCUGGCUCCAUCAACUGGCCGGCCAUAGGGUCCCUCUUGGAUUAUGUGAUCCGACCAGCACCACCCCCAGAGGCCCUGACGCUGGAAGUGCAGUAUGAGCAUGACAAGCAUCUCGUGAUUGACUUUCUGCCAUCAGUGACACUUGGUGACACUGUCUUGGUUGCCAGACCACACCGACUAGCCCAAUAUGACAACCUGUGGCGGCUGAGCCUGCGUCCUGCUGAGACAGCACGCUUGCGGGCUUUGGACCAGGCUGACUCGGGCUGCCGAUCUCUGUGCCUCAAAAUCCUCAAGGCCAUAUGCAAGUCCACUCCGGCUCUGGGUCACCUCACUGCCAGCCAGCUCACCAACGUGAUCCUCCAUUUGGCCCAGGAGGAGGCUGACUGGUCUCCGGAUGUGCUGGCCGACCGUUUCCUGGAGGCCUUGAGGGGACUUAUCAGCUACUUAGAGGCUGGAGUCCUGCCCAGUGUCCUAAAUCCCAAGGUGAACUUAUUCACAGAGCUCACCCCUGAAGAAAUAGACGAAUUGGGAUACACUCUCUAUUGCUCAUUGUCUGAGCCAGAGGUGCUGCUGCAGAUGUAGAGCAGGUGAAGGCCAGAGUGGGUGUUGGGUGGUCAGGCCCUGGAUUCUCUGUUAGAAAACACUUGGCUACAUAGUUGGUGCCUCACAGGGUUCCUGGGUGCUUCCUGUCCUGCUGGUCAUUGCCCUGGUCAUGUCACGCUGAACAGAACGACAUCUCUUCAGUUCCUGUUUUCUCACCCAACCCUUUCUAUUUUUGCUACCAAACACUGUGCUUCCUACUCCUCCCCCCUCUCCCCCCCAUCCCCCUGCUACAUUUUCACAAUGAAUUGGAAGGCGGAACACUGACCUGUACUGUUGAGACAACUUGGUGUUUUGCAUUUUGGCCCAGGGUCCUGCUUCUGUCCAUCCUGCCUCUGCACUGGGGCCUGUUCCUUUUUCAGUGUCUUGUCUUUGCCAUCCUUUCUUCUCUUUCACGCCUUCUGUUUUGCCUUUUUCCCUGGAGCACAUCUUCUUAAGCUGCUGCUUCCAGCUGAGUGCCAUUGAAGAGCUGUGGCUGCUUGUUUCCAAGUAGAACUCUAGAGUGAGUGCUAAGACAGUAUUGAAAGUUUCUUGGGGUCACGCUAGCGCUUCGACCUGGAAAAGAAGCCCAUUCCCCUCACCUCCUGACCAACUCAUUCGUAAGUGCUAAGAACGUCAUGGGAACACUGUUAUUGACCCACACCGGAGUGAGGGCUCAAGAUAAACUGGAUGCAAAGUGAUUGGAAGACUAUUUCUUAAGGGCCAUCAGUGAGAGUAUGGCAUGGGGCCACUGGAGGUGGUGUAGAGGGGCUGUGCCUCAUGUCUGUGUCUCAUCCACUGUGUCUCAUCCCUGGCUGGUGCAGGCCAGUGCUGCUGUGUGCGGAGAUCAGAUGACAACAAGAAAGGAAGGAGGCUGCCAGGGCGGCACCACACCAAGUAUGCUGUUCUUCACCCCUUCCUUGCCUUAUGCCAAUUAGGACAAGGCCUUUAAGGAAUGCAGCCUUAGCAGUAGAGGUUGAAGGAGGUCAGCCAGAAGCUGCAUGUCAGCUGGAGAAUCCUGUCACCAGUUGAGGCUCAGUGACAAUGUUUUGCCCCCAACAGGCCCUGCCUUUCUAGGAUGUUGCCUUAGAGCAGAAACAGGCCCAACAGUCAGCCCUUUGUCCCCAGUGGAUGUCACAGGAAUGUGAAGGGGUGUUGGCUGAACUCUCCUGGCACCUCCAGAGGCCAAAGGGCAACCAAACACAUGCAGGCCUCUUUCCCCAUGUCCCGUCUCUCACUCACACCUGGGGAGAUCCCAUCUCUCACCCGCACCUGGGGAGGUCAGUGCUACCCAGGAAGAGCACCUGGAGAAAAACAUAUAUAAGAGGGAGAUGGGGACUUCUAUGCUCCUUUUUAUUUCCUGCUGCUAAAGUUGCACUAUUUAUUGUGAUGUGAAAGUAUCCUGAGAGUGGGAAGAAGCGUUGAAUACACGAUGUCAGUGCGUCCUGUUUUCUGGGUUGUUUUUUUUCCUGUUUGUGGCAAGAGGCUGAUAAAUUCUGUUUCUUAUCUGCCCAUCAGUAUUUUGUCCUCCCAUCAAGUAUGCUCCCUCUGCAUCAGUGAGAUUCUGGUGAAGCUCUCUGCAGCUGUCUCAUUCCUUCCCAACAACAGUGACAUGAAAUGACUUUAAAUAGCUCUGAAGCCUCAGCUACCCUCUGAAUUUAGGGUAGAGAUUCUUGCGCCCUGUUUGUCAUAGACUGGGAGGUUGAGAACUAGGGUUACUCUUGCUAUUCUUCCUGCCUUUCUCCCAUAUAUAUGCAAGGGUGCUUUAAGGUGACUCAGUUGGUUGUCUGUAUGAAGUAUCGAGAUAGAAAGAUCGAGCUCAGAACCUUGAGAGACAUGCUAGUGCAGAAAUUUCCCACCCUGGCUGUUCAUCAGAAUCAAAUGGGAGUUUAAAAAAAAUACAUGUGCCCAAGUGCUGCUGGGCAGACUGGUGCAGUGGGUGUGGGUGAAGCCUGGGCGUCAGUGGCUUCAGGCACCCACCAGGCAUCUGUCACAGGGGAGGGCUGGUAGUGUUGCAGAAGCGGGGAUUAGUCUUCAUGGAGAGAGGAUUUGGUAUCCCUGCUGUGACUAUUAUAAAGUCUAUAGUUUUCCCACUCGCCAUAGAAAACAUUGGAAGGAGAGCUCAAAACCGAAAUGAUUUUUAAGACAGUUCCAAACCGUCAAAGGCAAGUGUAAUUGUGACUUUAGGAAGGGAAACAAGUUUACCUUCUCUCUUAAAGAACAUCUCUGUGUUCUAACCAUGUCGGUCACAAAAUCAAACACCAUAGUUUUGACGUUUUACAAGCAAGUACCAGUUAGAAGUCCUGAGAACUGCCACCAGCGGUGGGAAGGCUCUGUCCUGUCCUGGUGGGUUUGUUGAUUGGGACUGGGCAAACCACUCUUUGCUGCCAUUUUCCUCCUCAUAAAAGGUGGAAGAUAGUUUAAGUGCUUUGAGAUUCUUGGAUGGAAGAGGAGGACAUCAUUCUGCCUUGUUUGUUUGUUUAAACUUUAGUUAAGAUGCAGUGGCUUUCCCUUCCUCGCUGCCUCUUUGUUCAGUAACUCCUACCUUUGCCUGAAGUAAUAGCAUCUGCUCCUGCUUCUCUGUCUGGAGGGUUUUUGUACCAUUUAGGUUAGCAAACCACACACUGAGCCUCAGACUUGAAAAAGACACUUGUUAUUGUCCUGAAAACCUAACAAAAGGUUUUUUUUUCGGUUUUUCCCUGUUGCCCCUUCCUAAAAAAUGAGUUCAGAACAGUAAUGUCUUUGUUUUUACAAUUGGUUGGGACUGUUUUUUUUUUUUUUAAUAAAUUAACAUCAAAGCUCAUGUUUGGUAAACUUGCGUUUACACUCCAAAUUAGCUGAUUUUGCUCCCAUAUCCUCCACUCCAGUUGAGAGCUCAAGUGGUUUUGAUGAGGAAUCAGCUUUAAGAUCAAAGGGCCCUGGAGAGUCUCUGCGGGUGAUUUUCCAGUAGGGAAUUUUGCAUGUGUCUGGGUUGCUCUGCUCAGGUCCUUAGGACUAGGGCCCUGGCUGUGAACUUCUCAGAGGAUUUGUUAGAGCUCUGCCCUUUCUUCCUGAAGUUCAAGGACAAGGGUAAGAGACAUUUAGGCCAAGGCUGACCCUGCACCAGGCUGUAAGGCUGUAGCCCUGUUAGACACUGCUGGACUAACACAGUGACCAGAAUACCAGGGGUUAUUCUCAGGUAACUGCAGUCAGGAUGGUGUUUACCUUUUCAUUGUGACCACCUUGUAGACUUUAAACUCUUGGUCCUGAGACCAAGUCCACAACUUGCCUUCUAGUCACUUGUCUAGCCUUCAGUGGCAGUUGAUAUGUAUAUCUGGCUAAUUUGGAGUCUGUCACCAGUCUUUCUGUCCUGUCUUGGCUAGGUCCAUGUAGGAACAGCUUAGUCCUGAGACCCAGAGAACCACUAUUCUUUUUCUCCUUGAGGGAGGAAAUACAGCUGGGGAACAUGAUCCUUC